UGGUUCUGAUCGGAUCGGAAAAUCUUGUGUUGCGUGGGGUGUUGCCUCUACUGUCAGUCACAGCGAAACAUUGUCCCGGUGGACUGCGUGGGAAUUUUGGUUGUUGGUGAUUUCGAGGCGGUUUCCGAAUGAAGAAGAUCUUUAGUGUUUAUCUAUCGAUGAGUGGAUAAAAUAAUUUGAUUGUUACGUGAUUAAUCGAAACCGUGUGGCGAGUGUAGUCUUGCAAGAAACUGGUGUUCUCGAGGAACAGGUAAUUUAGUGGGAACAUUGUUUGGAGUUGAUGUGGAUACAGUAUACUGUGUAUAGUUAUCGUGGCGAAUUAUGGCACACACAGUACAACUUGAAUUGAUCCCUGACACAGUAUUGCGAAGCCCGGGCUUACACACAAUCUGAUCUAUCUUCUGUACCGGCGCCCGGACAAACUACGUACAUGCAAACACAUACCCACACGUACCAGGAGAAAUGGACACAAAUUUAAUCCUGACGAAUGAGUAACAAAAGCUCGAGCCUCUGGUCGUCCCGUGUCGUGCUGACCACCGACUCGCUUAUUUGUUUGCUCCGAACAGGAAUCCAACGGAUCAGCAGGUUGUGGGCAAAAACGAAUAAAUUUUAAACAAAAGACUGGGGCAACUCUGGACCGGUCCCUGUCCGCUAGCAUGAUAGUGAGUAAUAAAUUAAUGAAGAUAAAAGAGACCAGGACUGCGCUGGUGUGAGUGAACGGGGGACAGAGGUGAAACUCGGACGCAAAGGAAGGAUCUCGGUUUUUAUUAUUCCGGCCAAGGGACAGCCAUUGCGAGUUGGAAUAAUAGAAAAACCAAAGCGGCUGGGAAAUCGAAGUGACCAACCUCCCGGGAGGGAAAAAAAGUGCCAGAAAAACGGUCAGUCGGGAAUAGACAAACUCAGCCCAAACACGAACCAGCGCAAGUGAAUUCGAAAGCUGGAAAAAAUUGAAUAGAAGGGGGUAAAAAAAUCAGUGGGAUGCAGGAAGUCGAGUAUUUUAACGAUACCUUAAACGGAAGUGGUGGUGUCGGCAGUAAUGCUAGCGAUGAACGAAAAGGGCAGUCGGAGAAGCAGAGCGAUUCACGGAAAUGUAGCUACGAUUUACUGGACCACCGCAAGUAUAACAAAUGCGAUGAAAAUGUAAAUUACACCGCUGAUCCUCUGCUGGCGUUCACUUCACCGUCGUCCUCGGAAGACGAUAACUCACCCACGGAAAUGAACAACUGUAUCAAGUUUGGGGAGAAGCCGACUCUGAUUAAACGCUUCGCCAUGGGUUUUCUGCGCUCGAACGAGGAAAGUCUGCCGCUGAUGUACCAUAAAUCGUCACCGACGUCGCCACAGAAGCAGCUCAACGACAUUCUGGCGGAGGAUAUUUACAGUCUGGAUCAAAUCGUGUCGAGCAAAUUUGGCGAUUCGUGCAAACAGUCCUUUACCGCCAAUCACCAUCACCACCACUACCCAACUGCACCCCAAUCGCAACUGUUGCUAAGGCACGGCAGCGACGUGGAGUACGAGUUUCGGCGUAAUCUGCUGAUCCGAAAGACUAACAGUGCCAAUUCGAGCCCGAAGCGAUUCGUGCCGAACAUCAAGAGGACGGAUAGUUUGAACAGCAUCGAGGAUAAUGAGCUGGACAGUGCGUCGUGGUUCCAGGCCGGAUUGCCACGGGAAAUUUCGUUCGAAGUACUAACUCAGCGAGCUCCUGGUGCUUUUCUGGUUCGAAGAAGCACUACGAAACAGGGCUGCUUCGCACUUUCGCUACGCGUUCCACCACCAGGCCCAAAAGUGGUACAUUAUUUGAUUCUGAAAACCGAACGGGGGUACAAAAUUAAGGGUUUCACGAAGGAAUUUUCCUCGCUGAGAGCACUGAUAACGCACCAUUCGGUGAUGCCGGAAAUGCUUCCGGUUCCGCUGUCACUUCCCCGGCCUCAGAACAUCCCCAUCAAAUGUAAGCGCGUCGACGAUUACGACAGUUACAGCAAGCUGAACGAGUUCUCCAAACUGUUCUCCGAUUUGGAUCUAUGAUGGUAAACCGUUGCAUUACGGCAAACCUCGCGACUACUGACAGCAUGAAAAGGCACUCCGUUCGAGGAAAUGGCUCGCCAAAUGGCAGGUAAACUUUUCGACGAGGUUGUAAAUAUAGCAUAUAUUCGUUCGUUACUUACCUGAGUGCAACUGAUGGUGACAGGGUGCCAGAGAGUGGCCAAACCGUAUUGUCAACUCUGCCGCUUUCGGAAUCGAUAUAAACCGGAAAACGCCCGCGACAGACCCACGGAUGCGCAGCGUUGCCUAAGUUUACAAUCAAAACCCCAUACCUAAUUGAAAAUACAGCUGUAAUCAUUUGAUAUUGUGAUAUAGAAUUAAAUGUACAUGUGAAAAGCUCUGUUCAUUCGCUGGCGGAGCGAUAGAUUGGUUAGAAUAAAGCACUAUAGCUGACACAUAAUGAAAAAGGUGAAUGGUCCUAUUGGAAAAGCGAAAUUGAAAAUAAAUUACCUUAUCAGUUAUGUCGAAUUGAAAACGUA